AUGCGGGACGUCCUCAAGACCGAAGAGCUCGACAUUCCCGAGGGUGUUGAAGUCAACAUCAAGUCCCGUCUCAUCACGGUCAAGGGUCCCCGCGGAACCUUGAACAAGAAUGUCCGCCACAUCGACAUGGACAUCCGGCUGCUGAAGGGCAAGACCAACAAGGUCACCCUCGCGGUAUGGCAGGGCGGCCGCAAGCACGUUGCGUGCCUGCGGACUAUCAAGUCCCUCAUCGUCAACAUGAUCACCGGUGUGACGAAGGGCUUCCAAUACAAGAUGCGCACCGUCUACGCCCAUUUCCCCAUCAACUGCAUCAUCCAGGAGGACGGUCGUGCUCUUGAGAUCCGUAACUUCUUGGGCGAGAAGAUCGUGAGGCAUGUGGACAUGCUGGACGGUGUCACGAUUUCGGAGUCAAAAGCGCAGAAGGACGAGCUCAUUCUGGAGGGUACCGACGUCCAGAACGUCUCACAAUCCGCUGCUUCCAUCCAGGGCCUCUGCCGCGUACGGAACAAGGAUAUCCGUAAGUUCUUGGACGGUAUCUACGUAUCGGAGAAGAGCACCAUCGACCAGGAGUGA